AUGAUGAUGGCCUAUAAAGAAAAAGACGUUACCGGCCCAGGGGAUUCGGACCCCCAGGGCCCGGCGGGUGAGGGGGGUACUGUCCCGGCCCCUCCCCCGUCGUCAUCUGACGACGGGCUACCCUCGGUGUCACGGGUGGGCACCGGGGGGGCAAGGGCAACCACCCCAAACGUAUUGGCCUCGGUCAUGGAGGGCCAGAGCCGGACUCUGUCCGAAGUGGCCGAGCUUCGACGGGCGGCAGAGGAGUGGGGGGAAUCCUUGGUUCCUCCUCCUGGAUUGCUCCCCCUCCUCGAAUUCCUAGAGGAGGUCAGUUUGACCUUGAAGAAGGUCGAGCGUAGGACCCAAAGGGACCGGGUGCGGCUCAAAAGAGCCUGCAAGGUCCUCGAGAAGGCGGCCUUUGAGGCGGUGGCGGACCCCGACACCAGGGCCCUUACCCCGCCCGAAGCGCACCCGAGUGGGGCGUGUCCUGUUCCCACCUUAUGUCCGAGGGUGGACAGGAGCACCUCUCCCAUCCGGACGGGUGUUAUUGAGGAGUCGGACCGUAGAGUCCAGCCAACGGUCCCUCCUCCUUUGGCCCUCGAUGAGGGCACUAGUGCGGCGGCUGCGCAGGAGACUGCGCAUCCGCCCCCGCCUGCGCGGGAGAAGGCUCCUGGGCCCAGUUCUCCCCGGACACUUGGACUUAUGAUCCGAGUACCGGGGUUGGGGCCCGUUAGGAUUUUUCGGGCGAAGGGAGGGGAUGUCGCACUCGACAUCCUUUCCCCCCCUCAGGAAGAGGGCAGUGGGGGGGUGUCCAACACGUCUGCUGACGCGAAGACCCCCCCCGCUCCCGGCAUCAGGCCGGGAAAAGAUGGCGUACGCCCCCCGGGCUCUGGUUCGGCUGUUAAGCCGACGGUCAGGCCCGAGGGGUGCUUCCGGUGCCGUGCGGUGGAUCACACCGCGCACCGGUGUGGCGGCAGAGAUUGGGAGGGGCUGUGCUACAAUUGUGGCUCCCCCUCCCAUCUCAGGCGCCAAUGCCGGGUCCCUGGCCGCCCCAUUCCCGACAGAUGGUCGGAGGGGGGCGAUAAGCCGGGGAUCCGUGCGGCGUCACCCAGGGGGGUUGAAGGCGGUGCCUCCCCCCCUGGGAAAAAACGGGGACGCCGGAAAGGCUCCCCGUCCGAGGCAGAGGCCUCGCGGGCAGAUGGCCCCGGGCGUGCUCCUGGCUUGGACCAGGAGCAGGGGGGGAAACCUCCCCCCCACAAGGCGGAUAGCCAGCCGCGUCAAAGGAGACGGCCUCCUGACGUGGAGCUGGCGGAGGAGUUGGCGAUCUGGAGAUCGCUGGGCUACGUAGUAGAUGAAAAUCUACUACCUUGUAGCCACGAGUAG